AUGGAAGAAUACCCAUCAAUCCCAAUGGAGAGAACAGGCAAGAUACUGAGAAGAUCAAUCCACACUUUCCUUCAGAAUUACCACUAUUUCACCACAGUUCCAACCCUCCUAGCCUUUCCCUUCUCAGCAGCAGUCCUCCUCUCACAAGCUCUUCUCCCCUUCUCAGCUCUUCUGCCAACAGUUUACCAUCGCCUUCGAUCGCUCUUCCAGGCUGCCGGGUUCCCGCCGUCAUCUGAAUUCUUCUCCAUUCUCAACAUCAAGCUCUCACAAACCAUCACUUCCUCCAUUCUUGUGCUCCCUUUCACCCUCUCUUUCCUCCUCCUGGCCAAGGCCUCCAUAAUCCAGGCUCUCUGUCGCCACAAACCGACUGUUCUCCCUUCUUUUGCUUCUUUCAUCUCCACCUACAAUCACAUCCUUCUCACCCAAGUUUGCAACUUCUUCAUCAUCCUCUCUGCAAAUGCAGCAUGCUUCUCUGUGUUGUUUAUUGCCUUCAACUGCCUCCAGGCUUACGGCUACUCCUCCCCCGGCUCUCUCCUCUUCUUGUCUGCCACAGGCGCUGUGCUCUACUCCAUAGUCCUUGCCAAUGCCCUCAUAGUUUGCAACUUGGCGCUCGUCUCAUCGGGGAUGGACAAAUUGGGUGGCUAUCUUGCGUUUCUCAAGGCCGGGAUUCUGAUCAGGGGAAGAACAGCAACAGCACUGGCACUGGCUCUUCCCAUCAAUCUGGCCCUUGCAGCAGUUGAAGCCUUGUUCCAGUUCCGAGUGGUAAGAGCUUAUUACGCGGCUAGAAGUUCGAGUCCUUCCACGGCUCUGGAAGGGAUCUUCAUCGCCUACUUGUACUCGAUCAUCAUUGUCAUCGAUACCAUCGUGAGCUGUGCGUUCUUGAGGAGUUGCAAAACAGCUAGUCAGAUGGAUCAGGAAGGAAGAUGCAGUUUCCAGAUUAGUAUUGAAGGGCAAGAUGUUAACCACAGAGGUUCAAAUAUCAAGACCUUUCAAGGCCUUCCAUGA